CAUGGCGGGUGCUGCGGGCCCGGGGAGCGGCCCUGGAGCCGCGGGCGGAGACGGAGACGACUCGUUGUACCCCAUAGCGGUUUUAAUCGACGAGCUCCGGAAUGAGGACGUGCAGCUAAGGCUGAACAGUAUCAAGAAGUUAUCAACAAUUGCUUUAGCUCUUGGAGUAGAGAGAACACGAACUGAACUGCUGCCAUUUCUUACUGAUACAAUUUAUGAUGAAGAUGAGGUAUUAUUGGCUCUUGCUGAACAGCUGGGAAAUUUCACUGUCCUUGUAGGAGGUCCAGAUUUUGCCCACUGUCUCCUGCCUCCUUUGGAAAGUUUGGCAACCGUGGAGGAGACUGUAGUUCGAGACAAGGCAGUGGAGUCCCUGAGGCAGAUCUCCCAGGAGCACACUCCUGUUGCUCUAGAAGCCCAUUUUGUACCUCUUGUGAAACGCCUGGCCAGUGGGGAUUGGUUCACUUCUCGCACCUCUGCAUGUGGGUUGUUCAGUGUUUGCUAUCCCAGGGCUUCAAGUUCUGUCAAGGCAGAAAUUAGACAGCACUUUCGUUCCUUAUGUUCUGAUGACACUCCAAUGGUUCGACGUGCUGCCGCUUCUAAACUGGGUGAAUUUGCAAAAGUCUUGGAACUAGAAAGUGUUAAAAAUGAAAUUGUUCCAUUGUUCACUAAUCUAGCUUCAGAUGAACAGGAUUCUGUGCGUCUUCUAGCUGUAGAAGCAUGUGUCAGCAUUGCUCAGUUACUAUCCCAAGAUGAUCUUGAAACUUUGGUGAUGCCUACACUCCGUCAGGCAGCAGAAGAUAAGUCUUGGCGAGUUCGUUAUAUGGUGGCUGACAAGUUUUCAGAGCUUCAAAAGGCAGUGGGUCCAGAAAUCACCCAAAAUGACCUAGUCCCGGCUUUUCAGAACCUCCUUAAAGACUGUGAAGCAGAGGUCCGAGCUGCUGCGGCCCACAAAGUGAAAGAACUUUGUGAGAACUUGCCUGUUGAUGGUAGAGAAUCUAUAAUUAUGAAUCACAUUCUGCCCUUUGUUAAGGAAUUAGUAUCUGAUUCCAAUCAACACGUCAAAUCUGCUCUAGCUUCUGUAAUUAUGGGAUUAUCUACCAUUUUGGGCAAAGAGAACACCAUUGAACACCUUCUACCUCUUUUCUUAGCUCAGUUAAAGGAUGAGUGUCCUGAAGUCCGUCUGAAUAUCAUCUCUAAUUUGGACUGUGUAAAUGAAGUGAUUGGUAUCCGUCAGCUUUCUCAGUCUCUCCUUCCUGCCAUUGUGGAGUUAGCUGAAGAUGCCAAGUGGAGAGUACGAUUGGCUAUCAUUGAGUACAUGCCAUUGUUGGCAGGUCAGCUGGGUGUGGAAUUCUUUGAUGAGAAACUGAAUUCUUUGUGUAUGGCCUGGCUUGUGGAUCAUGUGUAUGCAAUUCGGGAAGCUGCCACAAACAACCUAAUGAAACUGGUAGAGAAAUUUGGUGCUGAGUGGGCCCAAAAUACCAUUGUUCCCAAAGUACUAGUGAUGGCCAAUGAUCCUAACUACUUACAUAGGAUGACCACUUUAUUCUGUAUUAAUGCACUAUCUGAAGCCUGUGGCCAGGAAAUCACAACUAAGCAAAUGCUACCCAUUGUAUUAAAAAUGGCAGGAGACCAAGUAGCAAAUGUUCGUUUCAAUGUGGCCAAAUCUUUACAAAAAAUUGGUCCAAUUCUAGAUAACAGUGCAUUGCAAUGUGAAGUCAAGCCAGUGCUGCAGAAGUUAGGGCAAGAUGAGGACAUGGAUGUCAAAUAUUUUGCACAGGAAGCCAUAAAUGUUCUUGCCUUGGCAUAAUGAAGAACUAGAGGAAAAAGAUUUUAUUCAAUUCUUAUCACAGAUUUCUAGUCAAUGUGUUCUUAAAUGGGAUGCGGAAAAAAAAAAAAAAAGGAAAACCUUCAAGAUCUCAUCCAAGCAAAUGGCAGCAACUGUUACAAGAAAUCAGAUUUCAGUGACUUGAUUUUCUCAAGAUGAAAUGGGGUUAUUUUUUUAAACUUGUUUUCUUUGCUAGGA